AUGCACAAAUAAUCCUUAAUUCUUUAAUAGAAAGCUCCUAAGAAUAUUAAUGAACUAGAUUAAGCAUUUAAAUUAAUAGAUCAGAAAUUAGAUGCUCCAAGUUCGCAAUUAUUGCUAAUGAAAACAAGAUACAUAUCCAUCGACCCAAUUAUGAGGGUGUGGAUAUCAGGAGCGAAAACAUACUUGCCUGCAUUAUAAUAAAACGACAUUAUACAUGCGUUUACUUUGAGUUCUCCUGUGGAUAAUUAGAAUGACAUCUAUUUUGGCCCAGCUGGAUUACAAACUCAUUUCUUAUAUGAUAAGACUAACAAAAAGAAGCAGCUAAUUAAAGUCCCACGCUAGAUGUUAUAAAUACUAUAAAAAUGUGAAUUGUAGAAUUCCAACUUACUCACCAUCAUAUUGAAUGGUUUACCAGCAUAUUAUGGAUUAGUAGAUUUCUGUAAGAUUCAGAAGGGAUAACGAGUUGUAAUAUCAGCAGCAGCUGGAGCCACAGGGUUAUUUUGUAUUUAACUUGCCAUAAGCAUGCAAUGUGAUGUUAUAGGGUUCACAGGAGACAUAGAAAAAAUAAAGUUCUUAUAAAACUAAUUUCCAACUUUAAGAAUCAUAAAUUAUAAAUUGGAUGAUUGGGAUAAACAAAUCGAAAAUAACAGUGUCGAUUGUUAUUUUGAUAAUGUUGGUGAGUAUAUGUUAGAAAAAAUGAUUGAAAAAAUGAGGAAAAAUGGAAAGAUUGCCUUAUGUGGAUCAAUGGGAAGCUCAUCAAAUUAUAAUGAAAGACAAGGCUUGAGUAACAUGAAUCAAAUAAUUAAUAAGAGAUUAAAACUGAAGGGCAUAACUUUUAAUUAAGAAUUAAAUAAAAUUUAAGCUGCAUUUGAUUAUCUAUUUUAACAAUUUCAAUAAAAAAAACUAAGAAUCUUUUAGGAAGAAUAUAAUUAAUUAAAUGAUACUCCAAAAGCAUUAAAGCGACUAUUCAAAGGUGACAAUAUAGGGAAAAUAAUUAUUAAUUUAGAUAAUUAAACGAAGUUAUGA